UCUGUAUGCACGAGAGAGAGAGAGAGAGAGAGAGAGAGAGAGAGAGAGAGAGAGAGAGAGAGGCAAGAAGCCUACUCUCGAUUCCUUGGCGCCCGCCACUGAUCGCAACCGAUUUCUUCAGUUCUGAAAUUGUCGUUUGCGAUUUUUUCUCUGAAAUUAGGGUUUAAGUUCAUCUCCUCAUGUUAUCCUCUAAUCUCCUGUUAAUAAUCCCGAAAAUAACUUUUAUGUUCCCUUCGAAGUAGUGCUGCUUCUACUGCUAGUUGAAGUUCUGGUAUUGGAGUUGAGUUCGGCUGGGAUUUUCUUCCAUUCAUUUCCAGAGGCAUAUGCCGUUUUGCGCCUUCAUCUCUGGGGUGCAUCAGUCACUUCAUCUCAUUCUCGCCGUAUGGUUCGGUUUCGGGUUCUUCAUGAAGAGUCCAUUUUCAAUCAUUUGUUUCUGCUCCAAGCUCAAUUUUGGAAGAAAAAUAGCAUGCAGAUAUUUUGCAACAACCAAUGCUGCCUUGUCUUUAUUCAACUGUGUGGAUGAUGACUGCUUUACUUAUGAAUAUCCUGUCGCUGCGAACUAUGAUGUUGACUUUGAUGAAAAAAUUUAUUUUCGCAAUGAAGAUCCUAAAGGUCAGAAAGUAGAUGACGAUAGAAUGAAAAUGAUAAAAUUGAUACUCAGGAACCAUGGGCUGAAUCUCGGUUCUCAUCCAAAACAAUUGGAGAUUGUAAGGAUUUUGGACACUCUAUUUGAGGACAGUUCAGAUGCAGGACUUAGUCUGUACUACUUCAAAUGGUCAGGAUGUUUAUCUGGAUCUAAUCAAUCUCUGCAGUCAAUCUGUAGGAUGAUACGUAUUUUGAUUACUGGGAAUAUGAAUCAUAGGGCAGUUGAUUUAAUGUCUCAUAUUGUAGAAAAUUAUGGUAGUAAAGAGGGAUCUUCAAGUAUGUUGCUAAAACUUUUUUUUGAGAUGGUUAAUGAGAGGAAGACUUUAGAAACUGCAUGUAGCAUGCUGGUUUACUGUUAUAUCAAGGAAAGAAUGGUAACAGCUGCUCUUAUAUUGAUGGGUCAAAUGAAGCAUCUUAAAAUAUUUCCUUCUAUAUGGGUAUACAGGUCCGUGAUACAAACUCUAUUAGAAACCAAUCAGUUGGAGUUGGCCUGGGAUCUUCUAGAAGAAAUGUACAUCCAAGGUGUAAGUUUAAAUUAUUCAAUUAAUUUGUUUAUUCAUCAUUACUGUGCAGAAGGUAAUCUGGGCAUGGGCUGGAAAGUGCUUUUGGAGUUGAGAAAUUUUGGAUCUAAGCCUGAUGCAGUUGAUUACACAAUUGUGAUAGACUCGCUUUGCAAAAACUCUCUUUUAAAAGAAGCUACCUCCUUGUUGUUUAAAAUGUCUGCUUUUGGCGUUUCCCCUGAUUCAGUUACAAUGAGUUCUGUGAUUGACGGUUAUUGUAAAAUAGGGAAUUUGGAUGUAGCUUGUAAAAUAUUAAAGUAUUUUAGGCUUCCCCUCAAUAUUUUCACAUACAAUAGCUUUAUAACAAAGUUAUGUACAGAAGGAAACAUGGUAAGUGCUUCUGAAGUUUUUCUUGAAAUGUCUGAGGUGGGCUUACUUCCAGAUUGUGUUAGUUACACUACCAUGAUGGGAGGCUACUGCAAAGUGGGAGACAUAAACAAAGCAUUUCUAUACCUGGGCAAGAUGUUAAAAAGUGGAAUUCAACCAUCUGUUAUCACAUAUACUCUAUUGAUUGAUAACUUAUGCAAGUGUGGAAAUGUGGAAAUGGCUGAAAUAUUUUUCCAAAAGAUGGUUACUGAGGGUAUAAAGCCUGAUGUUGUCGCAUUUAAUAUUUUGAUGGAUGGAUAUGGAAAGAAGGGCUACUUGCACAAGGCUUUUGAACUCCUCGAUAUGAUGAGAUCUACAAAUGUCACACCUGACGUUGUGACGUAUAACACUCUCAUUAAUGGCCUUUUCACAAGAGGGUUUCUCCGAGAGGCAAAGGAUAUUUUAGAUGAGCUCAUCAGAAGGGGUUUCAGUAUAGAUGUCGUUACAUACACUAAUUUCAUAUAUGGAUAUUCCAAAAGGGGAAAUUUUGAGGAAGCUUUUCUUGUUUGGUAUCAUAUGACUGACAACUGUGUGAAGCCUGAUGUUGUUACUUGCAGUGCCCUUCUUAGUGGGUAUUGCCGAGAACAUCGUAUGGAUGAAGCAAAUGCUCUAUUUUAUAAAAUGCUGGACAUUGGACUAAAUCCAGACUUGAUAUUGUAUAAUACGUUAAUCCAUGGAUUUUGCAGUGUUGGUAAUGUUGAUGAAGCUUGCAAUUUGGUAAUGAAGAUGAUCGAAAGCAGUAUCCUUCCGAACAAUGUUACUCAUCGGGCACUUGUCUUCGGAUUUCAAAAAAAGCAGGUUAUCAGUCCAAUAGAGAGUGCCACUUGUAAGCUUCAAGAAAUCUUGCGUGCAUAUGGUAUUGAGGUCGAUGCCAAAGGAUAUAUCUAGUGUUGGAGAAACUUGGUGACUCCAUCACUGCAUAUGGUAGACUUUUCUUCUACACGCUGAGUUCUGCUAUGUGUAUUUAUUCUUUUCCCUAUCUCAUUACCACAAUCAUAACUCAUAAGCAAAAUCUUUAUUCAAUUGGAGCGAUGCAGUUUCGAAUUUACGUAGCUUGAUGGUACUCAUUAUUCAGGUAUUUAAAAUGGCCUACUUCAGAAUCUUGAAGAGGAAAGAGGAUAAACCAGACAAUGGCUCUUUGCUCUUCUCUCUCUGUUCUAUCUUCCAAUCCAGUCCACACAAUCAUCUCCAAAACUUUUGAAAUCUGGACAAAGGUGUUCUUGAGCCAAAGAUUCUCGGAAAUAUCGAAGUCUCUGCCUCCAAGUUUCUCAGAAAAUCAGGGAGGAUAAGCAGCCCAAGGAUGUGGAAUGCGGCACGACAACUGAGUUCAACCAUGAAAGGUUGAAAUUUUCUUAUGGAUGAGCUUAAAUACCAAGAUGCAAGGAGGUUAAUCUACUUCAAAUUCUGAAUGGGAAAAGUCCAUGUGGUAGGGCGUAGGGGCAAUCCUGCCCUCCAGGACAGGUGAAAAUGACCAUUAUGCCCCUUCAAAGUCAAAAAGCUGGUUCUAGUUUUGAUUUGUGGGAUGGAGGUGAUUAUGACACUGUGACUGAGGGGAACGACUAGAUAGUGCAGUUUGGAUCUAAUUGUUGUUUGGUUUCUUCUCCACGCCAAUUAUGGGUGAUCAUGUAUGUAAGUCAUCCCAUUUAGUAUCGAAUGAUCCAUUUUUAAAUACUGGGAUCAGUGUAUGUCCCUUCUCUUUUUGGAAAGGGAAACGUCUGUUAUGUCUCUUAUCUACUACCUGAAAGGUAAUUCUUGCCCAGAA